CAAAACAGAAUUCUUCCAUUUAGAGAUGACAGACGAAGUAAAUCAAUUGAAGAGAGAGAAGAGGAGUAUCAGAGAGUGAGGGAGAGAAUAUUUGCACAAGAUUCAGUUUGCUCCCAGGAAAACCUUUUUGUGGAAAACAGUAGGCUGUUGGAAGACAGUAGCAUAUGCAACGAUACCCACAAGAAAAGACAGCUCUUUAGGGGGAACAGGGACAGCGUGGGGAAGGCGUCUGGCAGCCGGCAGAGCAGCACGGAGAACGACCUCAAGUGGACAGACCACCAGAGGCCAUGGAGCAGCACAGACUCAGACAGCUCCCACAGGAACCUGAAGCCAGCCAUCACCAAGACAGCCAGUUUUGGUGGGAUAACUGUCCUGACAAGAGGAGAUAGCUCAUCCAGUAACAGAAGUACCGGCAAACUGUCCAAAACAGGCUCAGAGUCUUCCAGCAGCGCUGGCUCCUCAGGAUCUCUGUCACGACUUCAUCAGCCUCUCCAAAGUGCAUCUCUUGUCCCCGGGGUCCCAGCCAGCUCUUCAGGCAACGUGUCCUACCCAGAGAAUGGGAUGAGUGGCCAAGUGGCCCCCAGCAACACCAGCUAUAUCAUUCUUCCACUUGAAGCUGCAGGGAUCCCACCUGGCAGCAUCCUCCUCAACCCACACACAGGUCAACCCUUUGUAAAUCCUGAUGGGACCCCGGCAAUAUACAACCCUCCCAGCAGCCAGCAGCCCAUGAGGAGCCAGAUGGUGGGACAAUCUCAGCAGCAGCCUUCAUCCCAGCAGCCCCAACAGCCCCAGCAGCAGCUGGCCAGUCACCUUGUCACACAGCCUGUUCAGGCCAUGCAGCCAUCUUCUCAGUCUGUCCAAUAUCCAGCAGUCUCUUAUCCUCCCCAGCACCUCCUGCCAGUCUCUCCAACGCAGCAGUUUUCCGUGCGGGAUGACAUGACAACACAGUUCAACCAGAUGAGCUUAAGUCGCCAAUCAUCAGGAGACAACCCAGAGUCACCUUCUGGUCCCGUCUACCCAUCGCCUCUCCUGCAGCAGCCAGCCCAGCAGACCAGCUACAUUAUGGCUUCCCCAAGUCAGCAGCUCCCCCCAGGAGGUUUUACAGGUUCAGGUCCACCAGUAUCUCAACAAGUGCUGCAGCCACCACCACCCCAGGGCUUUGUGCAACAGCCACCACCACCUGCUCAGAUGCCAGUGUAUUAUUACCCAUCUGGUCAGUACCCUACCUCAACAACUCAGCAGUACAGACCCAUUGCCUCAGUUCAGUACAAUGCACAGCGGAGUCAACAGAUCCCCCAGACUGCACAGCAAGCAGGUUACCAGCCUGUCCUGCCAAACCAGCAGCAGGGGUUCCAGGGUCUCAUGGGAAUGCAGCAGCCGCCCCAAAGCCAGAACCUGAUGAAUAAUCAACAGGGAAAUCAGGUGCAAGGCAUGAUGGUGCAGUAUCCAGCCAUGUCCUCUUAUCAGGUGCCAAUGACCCAGGGUUCUCAAGGAUUGCCACAACAAUCAUAUCAACAACCAAUCAUGCUACCUAAUCAAUCAGGUCAAGGAACACUUCCAGCCACUGGGCUGCCUGUCUACUGUAACGUCAUACCUCCUGCCCCCCAGAACAACCUCCGGUUGAUGGCCCCACACUGCCCCUCCAGCAACGUUCCAGUUCUCUCUGCCAGCUGCAGGACAAACUGUGCCAGCAUCAACAAUGCAGGGUGGCAGGUCAAGUACUGACACUGGGGCUUCACCUGGAAGACCAAGAGGGUAGCAGUGCAUUAUUUGAGGGAUAACUCACGGCCUUCAGAAGAGGAGGACACCAGGAUGAUGAGUUUGAGGACUACACUCAAGCGAUUUGCUGCUGGAAAAAUAUAAAAAAACCUGUAAAAAAAAAAUAAAAAAAAGAUAAAAAUUAAAAAUUUUGACAAAAAAACAAACAAAACAAAACAUGUUUGCUGGUUAAUGGUGCAUAUUUUUGUCAUGUCUGCUAGGUAUGCCUUUCUAGCUUAGCUAGUGACAUGAAUUCAUUGAGGUAAGAUUUUUUCCUACCACUGAACACCACUGUGUAGAUUGUAAUAUCCCCAAUUCGGAUUAGUUUUGUACUUUGUGUUGAGUU